GGUUAACACGUACAAUACCCUUUUACUAAGGAAACAUUACAAAGAGAGAGAAAUUGAGUACUUUUUCCAUUUAAACGUCAAGCUAGGUUAACAAUUCCAUCUUGGAGGUUGCGUCUAUGAAGGAUUGCUGACUUUAUCUUCUGUUUAGACGACUAGGUCGUUGCAUUAAUCUUUCGUAUUUAUAAGCUGUUGCUCUGAUAUUUUUUUUUCUAGACUUUAAAUAUUCUUCUUGGUGCUUGUUUUUUGUUCAUUCUUUUUGUUCCUGCUUCCAAUUGGUCUUUUCAUAUAUAAUUUCUAGUCAUCCCUCCAUCGGCUGAAUAUUAAAGCUGGUAAUAAUUUUUUAACCCUCGAUCUAUAGUGCUUGAAUAGACAAAAAAGUCCAAAAUUUUUCUUAUCGCCCCUUUUUUAGUUCACCAUGUCAUCUAGCGUCACUCGCCCGGUCUUAUUUAUAGCUGUUCGCGAAGGAGAAUAUGUGCUUAAAGAAGAGCUUCAGUUAAUAUCACCUUCUCAGAAGUAUUAUAUUACUGGCUCACCGCUUGACCCGAAUACUCCUAUAAAAAUUCCUAUCCCAGUUCAUUUUCAAAUCGUAUCCUUUCCUUUCUCAGAGCAUGCAUUAGGCAAAGAUUAUUUGGAAGAGCUUCGAAAAAUUCCCGGAGUACAUUAUACUGAAGAAGGUCGUGAAGCCCCUAGUAUUUUGGAAAACUACAAAAGCUCGAAACGAAAAUCUUACACUUACUCCUCUAGUAGCUUUAAGCUAUACAGACCAUCCUCACGUCCAGGAAGCUCUACUUUCAAUCCAAAAUGUUUUAUUUCUUCUAUCACGUUUCAUGAAAACAUAAUUCGUUCUUUCUACCAUUCUUCCUCUUUACAUAAAACAUAUGCUUUUGCCAAUCAUGAAGAGUCUUUUUACUGGCUAGAUUUAAGCACUUCUGGUACUCAUUCUACUCUGCUUCGUAUGGACUUUCACCGAUCUCGUCCCGUUAGUCACCACAUAAAUGAAUAUACGAAAACUCCCAAAUCUUUAGAAAUUGUCAUCGGUUUUGAUACAGGCGACGUUAUGUGGUACGAUCCCAUUAAUUACAAAUAUUUACGGUAUAAUAAGAACGGCCAUUUUAAUAACAGCCCAGUUACCACUGUUCAAUGGCUUCCUAAUCAAGAGUCCGUGUUUUUAGUGUCUUUUCAAAAUGGAUGGAUUAUUUUCUACGACAAAAAUCAACAAGAACAACCUCUGUAUUCCUCCAUUCCGGAAAAGAACUUGAAGUCACUGUAUGUAAGUUCACGCGGUACUUUUAAUGUGCUUAAAGACUUCCCUUCUCCCGACGAUAGAAAACCUCAAAAUCCAAUUGCUUGUAUUGCUUUUUCAAAUUCCCCUAUCAAUGCCUUUUCCAUUUCUCCGGAUCAUCAGCAUUUGGCAGUCGUAUCUGAACGAGGGACUUUAAAGUUUUUGAUGCAUACGGAAUUAAAGAUGCUUGACAUUUUUCAUAGCUAUUUUGGCGGUCUGUCAUGUGUAACUUGGUCACCUGAUGGAAAGUUUGUAGUUACUGGCGGGAAGGAUGAUAUGCUUUCGGUAUACUCUUUUCCUCAAAGAAAACUUGUUGCUCGUUGUCAAGGGCACAAGUCUUGGGUAAUGGGUAUUACCUUUGAUCAAUGGCGUUGUAGCGACGAUAGUUAUCGUAUCGCCAGUGUUGGCCUUGAUCGCCAACUACUUUUAUGGGAUUUUCUCGUAACUGCACUUCACCGCCCAAAAUCUGCACUUCAUUAUGUAAAUCAUCACGCAGAACCAUCAAAGCCAACUAUGAGUGAUCUUGAUGAUGUAGGAGAUUUAGACAUUCAAUCCGGCUAUAACAGAUUUGUAUGCAACGAGAUAACGAUUCAUCCAACAGUUUCUCGAUCGUUAAUUCCAAUCAUAUCCCCGAUCACUUCUUAUACUGUUGACGAUGCUCCCGCAACGUCUGUUGUUUUCCAACCUGAUUGCAUGAUUACCUGUUCCUUAAAUGGAAGGAUUCGUGUUUGGCAAAGACCUUAAUGCUGAUUAAAAGCUAUACUUAUUGUAGAAGCUUAAUUUCCUUAACGAUCUUUUGUUUUUAUGAUACUUUCUCGAUGGAUAGAGAUGUUGGACGUUUGUUUUCAUUCAUAUAGGUAGUAAUGUGAUUACGUAUGAUUUUAGUUUCCUUAAUUUUGAAAAGUUGAUUGCUUUUAUUGUUAUUGUUCUUCGAAAAUUUCCCAAUCUCAAAAUAAGUGUUUGGAAUAUAACUAACAACCUGA